AUGACCCUCACAGAGCUGCCCAAGGAGAAGAUCUCCGCAGCUCUCAUACGAGUGGAUGAGCGCAUCUCACAGGAGGUGUGGCGAAGCGUGCUGCAAUUCAUGUAUCAGGGCACCAUUUUCCCGGAGCAUUGUAGCUACUUGCAGGAUGUUGGCAAGUGCGUGGAGCUUUUGCGUGCCUGCCUUCUCUACAAGUUGCCCGAACCCCUCCUGCGCUUGGCCCUGUCGCAUCUCUUCCAGCUGCUCCCCAGCAGCCCGCCGAGCUAUGCCCUCCAGGUCUUUGCCCUCUGCACCGCCGAUGAGCAUGCAAAGAACGAGGACUUGCGCUGCCUGCGUGACGGGGCCGCGUGGGUCUUGCUGUACCAAGCGCAUAGUGUGUUCAUUGACAUUGAAGCGACCGAUCUUUGCGACAUCCUCUGCAAAGUGGUACGCUGCCUGGAGAACGCUGUCUUCGAGAACCCCGAACAGCCAACCGUGAUGGAGGACCACUUGAGCUAUAGCUUCCGCGGUGUUCCACAGGACCUGCUGUCACAAACACUGAUGACAUGCUGCACAGCAUGGAUUUUGGAUCGUUGA